AUGUCGACAAUUUUUUUGAAUAUCUUAUCUCGUCACUACGCUGCACUUUUAGAAUCUGGUGAUCAUUUUGAUAUGAUCAUCCACUCUGGCCAAGAGCUUAAUACUAGAGAAUUUAAGGUACAUUCUUUAGUAUUACGUGCUCGAUCAACGUAUUUUCGAGCCGCUUUAUCAAGUAAUUGGGCUCGAUCUGAUGGCAAUAUAUUAGUAUUUAAUAAACCGAAUGUAUCCCCAAGUGUAUUUGAUAUUAUAUUAAAAUAUAUAUAUGGUGCAUCGAUCGAUCUACCAGAAAAGAAUGUAGAAUUUAAUAUCGAUGUUCUUACAGCUGCCGAAGAACUAUGUUUGACUGAGUUAUUUGACUUUAUCGAAGAUCAUAUACUUAAUAAUACCGAAGACUUAUUGAAUCAUUUUGCACUUGUAUAUCAUUUUGCUACACAACAUAGUCAAUUUAAAAAGUUAUUAGCAUUUUGUAUCAAUACUAUGGAACAAGAUCCAUCUUUAGUUUUUGAAGCUGAAGAUUUUAUCAACAUAGAUCAAAGUACUCUAAUUUCAAUUCUUGAAAAAAAAUUUUUUAUCAUGCGAGAAAUAGAAUUAUGGGAAAAGUUGGUUGAAUGGUCAAUAGCUCAAAAUAUUUUACUUACAAAAGAUAUUGAUUUAUGGACAUUCGAUGAUUUUAAUACUUUUGGAAAUAUUGUUUCACCUUUUAUUCCGCAUAUCAACUUUGCUUUAAUAAAUCCUAAUGAUUUUGAAAAGAAAGUUCAACCUUUUAAACAAUCAUUUGGUGAUGACUCUUACGCUCAACUUUGGGAAUAUCAUCUUUCUCAAUUAAAUACUGCUACUGCCACUUUAUUUCAAACUUAUAGUCAAGGCAUUAAUUCAAAAUUGAUCACAACGAAACAGGCGGCCUUAAUUUGUGGUUGGAUAGUAAAUGAUAGUUUUAAUCCUUUGAGUUGGGAAGCUCAUGCAGAUGGAGUUUUUAACAAAACAAAGAAGAGCUUCAUAUUUUCCCUUGGUCACGAACAAUUUAAUAAUGUAAUAUACAGUAAAGUAAAAGAAACAAAACAAGCAAUUUUUCAAUGCAUAGAUUAUGGUCCAUGUUUUGGUUCAGAUUUAGCUUUAAUAGGCAAUAGGGAUGAACAUUGGGAGGUUCGAUGUUUGCGAAGAAAUUAUGAAAAUCAUAUAAGUCCGGGUAACUAUGUAUUUUUUGCAAGUGAAUAUGAAGUAUUUCAAAUAGUUAGAAAGUCUCUUAAGUCGUAG